AUGGCGAAUAUGAUCCAGCCACAGAUUCUAAAGCUGAUGAAGACCAAUUAUGACAACUGGAGUAUCCAGAUGAAAGUCUUGCUCGGCUCGCAAGACUUGUGGGAGCUCGUGGAGAAUGGCUACACUGAACCAGAGUCACUUGCAGUAGAAGAAACUCUCACCGCCACACAGAAGAGUGAGCUGAAUGAGGUCAGAAAAAGAGACAAAAAAGCUUUGUUCCUAAUAUUUCAAGGCGUAGAUGAAUCAACGUUUGAGAAGAUUUCCAACGCCCUGUCCUCUAAAGAAGCAUGGGAGAUUUUACAUAAAUCAUAUCAAGGUGCGGAAAGAGCCAAAAAGAUGAAAGCUACAGAAUCAAUAUUGGACUAUUUUAGUAGAGUUCAGACAAUAACUAAUCAAAUGAAGAGAAAUGGAGAAGCAAUUAGUGAUGUAAGAAUUAUGGAGAAGAUACUUAGGACUUUAGACUCUAAAUUCAAAUAUAUUAUUCCGGCAAUACAAGAGUCUAAAGAUCUUUCCGAAGUAUCUAUUGAUGAGCUGCAAGGUUCUCUGCAAGCUUAUGAACAAGAUAUAAACAUUAGUUCAAAUCAAGCGGAGAAUCUAGAACAAGCCUUGCAGAGUAAGAUGACUAUCAAAGAAGAUAGUCGAAGAGGACGUGGAGGCUACAGAGGCAGAGGCUCAUUUCGAGGUGGCUCAAACUUCCAGCAAGGUCGUAGGAGACAGUACCAAGGAGGCCAUGAAAAUCAAGAUCGAAAUAGAGAUCGUGAACGAUCAUUCGAUCAAGGACGAGGUCGUGGCGCACGAGGACGAGGACAAGGAAGAAAAUACCAGGAGGACAAAUCCCAGCCACAGUGUUACAAGUGCAAGAGAUACAGUUAUCUCAGCUACGAAUGUUGGGAGAAAUCAAAUCAAGUGGCAGAAAGAAGUAACUUUGUAGAAAGGGAGCAACCAGACACUUCAACAGUCCUGCUGACGUACCAGGAGAGUGAAAGCAAGAAUAAAGAUAUCUGGUAUCUGGAUUCAGGUGCCAGUAACCACAUGUGCGGCAUCAAGGAGUUUUUCACCGAGCUGAACGAGACGGUACAAGGAGAUGUCACCUUUGGAGAUCAGUCAAAGAUUCCAGUGAAAGGCAAGGGCAAGAUAAUGAUCCAGACAAAGACGGGCGAGAAUAGGUACAUCUCUGACGUCUAUUAUGUUCCAGCACUACGAAAUAAUAUUUUGAGUCUAGGCCAGCUCCUUGAAAGAGGCUAUGAUAUACAUCUAAAAGACCUUGCCCUCACUAUCAAGAAUAAAAAUGAAGUAAUUGCAAAGGCUGUCUAA